CCGCCCAGUCUGCGCUCAGCUCCAGCCGCUGCCGCCAUCAUGAUCUGUUUGGUGCUGACCAUCUUCGCUAACCUCUUCCCAGCGGCCUACUCCGGUGUGCAUGAGCGCACCUUCCUGGCCGUGAAGCCCGACGGCGUGCAGCGGAGGCUCGUAGGCGAGAUUGUGCGGCGCUUCGAGAGGAAGGGCUUCAAGCUGGUGGCUCUGAAGCUGGUGCAGGCCUCGGAGGAGCUGCUGCGAGAGCACUACGCCGAGCUGCGCGAGCGCCCCUUCUACAACCGCCUGGUCAAGUACAUGGGCUCGGGGCCGGUAGUGGCCAUGGUGUGGCAGGGGCUGGACGUUGUGAGCACCUCUCGGGCGCUAAUCGGGGCCACAGAUCCAGCGAACGCCCUGCCCGGCACUGUCCGCGGAGAUUUCUGUAUCGAGGUCGGCAAGAACGUGAUUCAUGGCAGUGACUCCGUGGAGAGCGCCCGCCGUGAGAUCGCACUCUGGUUCCACCCUAACGAGCUCCUCUGCUGGGAGGACAGCACCGAGCACUGGCUGUAUGAGUAAUGGGGCAGCGGGGCUGGUCCUCCUCAGGCGAGAGACGACCCAACCCCAGGCGCCCAGGGCCUCUUGGGAUAGACGUGCUGCUAUAGGUUGGGGUUCACAGUGCUCCUCUAGGAUCUCCAACAGGGGAGGUGGAUCUGCCCAAGCCCAGCAUGCCUGGAAAUGCACCAGGAUGGGGACCCUGGCACUCAGCUUGGUCCAGUGUUUCUUUUUAUAAUAAAUUGAAGAAAAUCUGGA